CCUCCACCGCCUCCACUUUAGAACCAUGAAGAGAUGGGUGGCGUCCAUCCUUGCCCCAGCCGAUGCCACGAGUGGAAUCAAGGUAUUGCUGAACAAGGUGGCGGCAUUUCUGAAGAUGGUUGACUCCUUCGAUGCGGUAGCACCAUCUUAGUUUUUCCCUCAGUAUCUUCGCCUUUUCGAUUUCGAUCCAUUUCUCUCUCACAAUAUGUUCCCUCAUCUCCAGCAUCGCCACUGGAUCCUUGUACGGAUGCUCCGCAUCGAAAUCGUCCGGCGGUGAUUCAUCGAACUCCACUGUCUUCUUCCUCCCCAUAGUUUUUCCCCUCCCUCUUCUCUGUGCCUACUCAGUCUCAGAAUCGUCUUCGCGCACCUCCGUCGGAGCACAACGCGCCAUUCUUCAUUGCUGAGCGGUAACUAACGGGCCGGGUUCAACGGACUUUCAGUCACUGGGCCCAUUUCAGUUCCCUUCAAAGCUCAAUAAAAUUGGGCCGAAGCAAACGCUACGCUGGGCCUUCGGAGAAUCAUCCCGUUGGAUAAAUACGAACAAAAUCUGGCAGCGUUCUUCGCGGGAAAUUGUGAAGGAACAAUCUUUCGUCUCAGUUGGCGUUGGGACGUCGAACAUGGCCGGAAAGCAAGUUGCCGGCACUGGUCUAUCGGAGAGCAUCGCAGGAAUGUCGAAGAACCAACUACAUGAUAUAAUGUCUCAAAUGAAGACUCUGAUCGAACAGAAUCAACAGCAGGCGAAGCAAAUCCUAAUCCAAAACCCCGCCUUGACCAAAGCUCUUUUUCAGGCGCAGAUUAUGCUUGGGAUGGUGCGGCCUCCUCAGAUUCCAAGCGUCCAGCCUUCAGCCCCACAGCAUUCUCAGCCUUCAGCCCCACAGCAUUCUCAGCCUUCAGCCCCACAGCAUUCUCAGCCUUCAGCCCCACAGCAUUCUCAGCCUUCAGCCCCACAGCAUUCUCAGCCUUCAGCCCCACAGCAUUCUCAGCCUUCAGCCCCACAGCAUUCUCAGCCUUCAGCCCCACAGCAUUCUCAGCCUUCAGCCCCACAGCAUUCUCAGCCUUCAGCCCCACAGCAUUCUCAGCCUUCAGCCCCACAGCAUUCUCAGCCUUCAGCCCCACAGCAUUCUCAGCCUUCAGCCCCACAGCAUUCUCAGCCUUCAGCCCCACAGCAUUCUCAGCCUUCAGCCCCACAGCAUUCUCAGCCUUCAGCCCCACAGCAUUCUCAGCCAUCAACACAAACAACUCAACAACCAAACAUUCAGCAAACUCAAACAUCAGCAAGUCAAAUAAGUUUGCAAGAACAGACAGGGAACAUCCAGUCUCAGUCAGCACCUCUGAUUUCCCUGCAAACACUGCAGCAUCCCAAGGGGUUUGAGAUGCCCCAAGUGAAUUCCAUUUCUGUCUCACAGCCAUCUCAAAUUCCGAGUGUACCUCCGGUACCUCCAUCUGCUGCUCAGCCACCUUUACUCCAUCAACCCCCGAUGUCAAGUGCUUCAAUGCAGCUGCAGCAGCCAUUACAAACAGCUGAAAUUCCCCAUCUGCCUCUACAGGCCCCAUUGCCCCCACAUUCCAGAGCUCCUACGGGUCCAAAUUUUCGUCAGCACUACCCCCCUCAAACGGGGCACAAUAUGAAUUACCAACCUGCUCAACCCAUGUUUCAUUCAGGAUCCAAAUUCCCUCCUGGUAUAGGAAAUUCAUUUCCCCAGGGACAGUCGCCACUUCCUAGUCAACCACCCCCUCAGUCAUUGUAUCAGGCUGGAGGUUCUAAAGUAGGUACAGAAGUCAUGAAUCAAGUUGGAACUUCAAAGCCUGUGGACAGAGGGCCUUGGAUGCAUGGCCCUCCAGAGAAUCGUACACUCCCACAGCAACUCUCAGGACCACCACUAAUACCAUCAGGCACUGGCCAGAUGGGCCCCGGCAAUCAGCCUCGUCCUACACCACCGUUGAGUCAGGAGAUGGAGAAGAUGCUACUUCAACAAGUCAUGAGUCUCACACCAGAACAAAUUAAUCUCCUGCCUCCAGAGCAAAGGAGUCAAGUGCAUCAGCUACAGAAGAUGCUUCGCCAAUGAACAGUGUUCUGGAAGGGAGUCUCAUCUUGAUUUAUCCCUCUUCCUUUCCCCUCACUCUUGCAUCAUUGGACAUCCUCAAAAUGGCUUUUAGGCUUCUAGGGCAAGCUUUUUACUAUUGCCUAACUUUAAGUAUUGACAUUCAGAUUGAUAUAUUACAGUUAAAUUUUGGCUUGCUGCCUAUCCGUAAGAGUAUUUGUUUGCUGUCGAAUUCGCCGUUAUUUAUCUUACAUAUUUUGGUGAAUAACCAUUUUGGUAAAGUAAAUUGGUACAUGAAAGUAGAUUUAGUUAAUAGAGCAGACAUGACUUUAUAACUCAAACUAAAAUGCAGUUUGCUUUGAUUUGAGAAGAAUUUGUAAUGCUGAAAACUAUAUAGUUAAAAUGAGUUUUAUCU